AAAUUUAGUUAAAUAAUACUCCUAUAUCUAGAAAAUUCAAUUCCUUUGAUAAAAUAAGAAACCGGUAAUCUCAUUGGAUCCAUACCCGCUCCAUCGCACCGCCUUUUUCCGACUAUUGCAAAUCGAGAACAAAACUUUGCCAGAGGGAUUUACCCUUUUAGGGUUUCAUAUAAUCAGAGCUGCAAUUAAAAGCACAAUUUGAAGUUAAUAGGUUGAUAGAGAAUGAUGAAAAAGUCAGGAUAUGGCUUACAACUAAGAGCUCCACCAUCUCAGCAAAAGAAGAAACAGCCAGCAAGGCCUACAGCACUUGGUUUCGGGGAUGAUGAUGAUGAUGUUGAGAAAGAAAUUUCUCGCCACGCCUCUAAGAAUAAGGCUCUCAAAGAUAUUGAAGAACAGCAUAAGAAGGCUUUAGAAGAGGACCCUUCAGUAUUUGAUUAUGAUGGAGUAUAUGAUGAUAUGAAAGUGAAGGCUGUCCAACCUCGAGCUCUGGAUCGCGAAGAGAGGAGGCCAAAAUAUAUCCAGAUGCUAAUGGAGAAGGCAAAACAACGAGAACGGGAGCAUGAGGUCAUUUAUGAGAGGAAAAUUGCAAAAGAGAGGAGUAAAGAUGAUCAUCUCUAUGCAGACAAAGACAAGUUUGUCACUGCUGCUUACAAGAGGAAACUUCAGGAGCAGGCUAAGUGGUUAGAGGAAGAGCGUCUUCGUGAGCUACGAGAGGAGAGAGAUGAUGUUACUAAGAAGAGUGACAUCAGUGAUUUUUACUUUAGUAUUGCGAAAAAUGUUGCCUUCGGAGGAGAGAGUAAGUCAAAGAAGGCUGUGAAUCAUCAUGAACAGGAAGCAGUUCAGACAGAAGAAAAGCCUUCAUCAUCAGCGGAUGCACAUUCGCAAAUGUCUAGGGAGAUAAAGAGGCAAGAUCAUGAGCCUUCUGCUUCUCCUCCUCAUAAGGAAAGGACUGAUCAGGCGGAUAUGAAGCCCCCUUCAGAUCGUUCGUCCGAAGAGAGGGUUGUAAAACCAGCUUCUGACAAUGGACAAACUGCUGUCACUGAAUCAGCUGCGAGCGAUCAACCAAAAGUUGACCAUCAUAAAAGAAGUCUGGACGCUGUUGCUGCAGCUAAGGAACGGUUUUUGGCAAGGAAGAAGGCUAAGGAAGCUGAUCUCUUAUCUUCCUAUAUUUAGGACUUACUCCUGUUAUAUAUACACAUUGUUGUAACGUCUUCUACGGAUUUCAGAAUUUGAAUGCACAUUUUCUUCCUCCUUAAUUUCUGCUCUAGAGAAGGUCCUGGUAAUAUUCUGGUGCAUAAGUCAGAUAUUUGAAUAGGGACUUUGAUUAAAGCACCUUGUUUCCAUUUUCAUGUAGCUUUCUAUGAGCCUGCAAUUAGUGAAAAUGGAAUAGAAGACCGUUUUAUCAUGUAAUGAAAAGUUCUUGCACUGAUA